GCUGCAGCUGGAGGCCAGUGCCUCAUUCUGCCCGCGCCCCGCCUCAUCCGGACAUUCCCGCCCGCGGCAGGUGAGCCGGUGGCAGAACCGGCAGGACCUGCUCCACUGGCCGAGCCCGAGAGCGGGAGCUCCGCUGUGGCCGGCGGCGCCAUGGAGGUGGACGCGGACCCCGGGGAGCUGGCGCGGCUGCGCUCGGUCUUUGCCGCCUACGACACGAAAGGCUCGGGGCGCCUGGAGCGUGCGGAGUUCGGCGCGCUGUGUGCGGAGCUGCACGUGCCCGAGGCCGAGGCGGAGGCGGUGUUCCUGGGGCUCGACACCGACUGCGAUGGGGCCAUCACCUUCCCGGAGUUCGCGCACGGCUUCCGCGGAGCCUUCGGCCGGGGCGGGGCGGAGACCCUGGGCGCCUGGGACGAGGCAGACUCGGAAAGCACGGGCCCGGCGUGGCGGGACUUCCAUGCGCGCCUCGGAGACGAGGCUCAACUCAUUCCCAGAAAAGAACAAGUUAGUACCCUGUACCAGAACAUCAAUCUUGUGGAACCAAGACUAAUCCAGCCAUAUGAACAUGUGAUAAGAAACUUUCUCCGAGAGAUCAAACUCCAGAGCACAGAAAUGGAAAACUUGGCCAUUGCAGUGAAGAGAGCCCAGGACAAGGCAGCCAUUCAGCUUAGUGAGUUGGAAGAGGAAAUGGAUCAGAGGAUUCAUGCAGUGGAAAACGAGACGCGAAAAGAUGAAAAACGCAAAGCGGAAGAAGCCCUCAGUGACCUCCGACGUCAGUAUGAAACAGAAGUAGGAGACCUACAGGUGACCAUUAAAAAGUUAAAAAGGCUCGAAGAACAGUCAAGACACAUAACUCAAAAACAAGAUGUGACAGCAUUAAAGAAACAAAUUUAUGAUUUAACAAUGGAAAAUCAAAAACUCAAGACAGAGCUUUUGGAAGCACAGACAAAUGUAGCAUUUCUUCAGAGUGAGCUAGAUGCUUUGAAAAGUGAUUAUGCUGACCAGAGUCUGAAUUCUGAACGGGAUCUGGAAAUAAUCCGAGAGUAUACAGAAGAUCGCAGUAGUCUUGAGAGGCAAAUUGAAAUCCUCCAAACAGCUAACCGGAAGCUGCAUGAUAGUAAUGAUGGCCUCAGGAGUGCACUGGAAAACACUUACAGCAAACUCAACAGAUCCUUGCGUAUAAAUAACAUAUCACCAGGGAAUACAAUUAGUAGAAGCAGCCCCAAAUUUAAUCACCAGUCUUCUCAAGCACUGGCCUAUGAUAGGUCAUUCCAUUCUUCAUAUGCAGAUGAGGACUGUGACUCCUUGGCUCUCUGUGAUCCUCUGCAGAAGAUGAAUUAUGAAGUUGACAGCCUGCCUGAGAGUUGUUUUGACAGUGGGUUGUCUACUCUGAGAGACCCCAAUGAGUGUGACUCUGAGGUGGACUAUAAGCACCAGAGAGGAUUUCAGAGUUUGCAUGGAACACAGGAGAGCCUCGGGGGAGAUGCAUCAGACACAGAUGUUCCUGACAUAAGGGAUGAAGAAACAUUUGAUUCUGAAAGUGUGGCCUCAGUCUUACACGGGAAGCCACCAGGGUCUGUUGGUGAAGGCAGCAUUGCUAGUUCCUCCAGAAAACCCAUCUCGGCUCUUUCACCUCAAACAGACAUGGCGGACAAUAACUCCAAAGCCACAUCUCAGAAGGCUUACAAGAUUGUGCUUGCUGGAGAUGCUGCUGUGGGCAAGUCCAGCUUCCUCUUGAGACUCUGCAAGAAUGAAUUUCAGGGGAACACGAGUGCAACCCUAGGAGUUGAUUUCCAGAUGAAAACACUGAUUGUAGAUGGUGAACGAACAGUUCUUCAGCUCUGGGAUACAGCUGGCCAAGAGAGAUUCAGAAGUAUUGCCAAAUCUUACUUUAGAAAAGCAGAUGGUGUCUUACUGCUGUAUGAUGUUACUUGUGAAAAAAGCUUUCUUAAUGUACGGGAAUGGGUGGAUAUGGUUGAGGAUGGAGCCCACAGAACUGUUCCUAUCAUGUUAGUAGGAAACAAGGCUGAUCUUCGUGAUGCUGCUAAUGCAGAGAAACAAAAGUGUAUCUCAGCGUAUCUUGGAGAAAAACUGGCCAUGACCUAUGGGGCAUUAUUCUGUGAAACAAGUGCCAAAGAUGGCUCCAAUGUGGUUGAAGCUGUUCUCCAUCUUGCUCGGGAAGUGAAGAAAAGGUCAGAGGAUGAUGACAGCAGAUCCAUUACCAGUCUAGCUGGGUCCACGUCCAGAAAGUCACUGCAAAUGAAGAACUGUUGCAACGGCUAAACCCCAACUGUCUUCAGUUCCUAAAGUCCUUGUUUCUACAACACUGACUGUGGGACACUGUUUCUCAAUGGAGUGUGUGUCAUACAACGCUGGCCUAUGAAGAAACACAACCUGAGCUGUGCUUCCAUUCUCAGAAACCUCAGGCUUUCUCUGUUUUUUCUUAGUGAGCUAUUUGGGAUGUUUGACCCAUGUAAAUCACUAAGAAAAAAAAGUGUGAAUGUUUUUGAUAUGAUAUGGUAAAAUAAAAUUAUGUUCUCAGAUCAAAACUAUUUAGAGCCCACUGAUAAAGUUGCUUCAUAAGAAAACUGACUUUGUAGUUAACCUGUGGCAGUGUUUACUUAAAAUUUAGAAACAAGAGCAUAAUACUUUGUUUUAUGCAAUACAGUGCUUUUGUAUUAAAGAACAAUGAGACUGGCAGUAUAUUAUGUAUUACAGCUUUAAACCAUGGGUGGUAUAAGAUGGCAUGGUUAUUUUCAUUUGGUAAAUCAGCUUUGUGGCUCCUUAGCCCGAUAAUGUUGGGCAGUCCAGGCAACAUUAUAUCUCUUCCCCUCUGCAAAAUAAGGAAGUUAGCCUCCAGUGCCUCUUGGAUUCUGGUACUUUUUAAGGAGCAUGAAGGGCACAGUGAUUCAUAGUAACUGAGGACCCUGUGAGGCAUAACUUUUGUUACUAAGGUAUUGGUUUGUUAAAGUUCUGAAGUAAGAAUAGAAUUUGAGGAAAUGGGAAUAUUUUAGACUCCCAUUAUAUAAAAAAUAUUUUUUUGAAGACAGAAGGUGUGCUUGAAGAAAUGCAUAUUUUAAGAGAACACAAUUUCAGGAGUACUUGUGAAAUCUGUGGUUUAAGUUGUAUGUGAAAAUUUUAGUGAAGAUGUGUAUAACACAUUCUACAAUACCACAAAACUAUAUUAUACCUAAUGGUUGCCAGAUGCUGAGGGGACUUAGCACUAACGGUCAGUGGGGGCAUGUGCCUUCUUAGGAGAAUGGACACAAUCUACUGAAAUUAGUUUCCAGUAGUAGUAGAAUAAUUUUGAAUUUGGUGAAAGCCACCAAACUUUUGAUUUGGAAAGGAUAAGUUUUAUGAAUGUGAGUAUGUCUCAGAAAAUAGAGUGGUGCCGAAAGUAACUUAAUAUUUUAACAAAAGCAUAUAUUGUUGCUAUUUCACAUUGACCUGUGAUUUAGAGCAUUACCUGUAGCAUAAUGCCAAUUCCUCAGCUCCUAACUUCAAGUGUUAGCUUCCUCCUUAAUGAACAAUGGGAGAUUGUUAUUAGGCAUAGCUUUAGAAAGUACCGUAUUUAGAAGAAGUUUGCCUUUAAAAUGGUGAAUCUGUCUUUUAGAUAAUGUGACUUAUGACUACUCAAUGCCUCCCACUCCUCCCGACCAAAAUGUCUUUAAGGAGCAAAGGCCUCAUUAUGUGAUCCAGGAUCGGCCAGCAAAAACAGGUUUCCCGUAGCCUGAACCAAUUAGAUUAUUCUUGGCAAGAGACUUAAAUAUCUUGAUUGAUACAGAUCUAGGCUUUGAAUACUUACCUAGAACAUAAAUAAUACUGGUUACUUAUAUAAAUUGUAUUAUAUAUGUCCUAACAUUUCUUUUUGAUGAAUUAAAACAAUUCUUUGGGCUGGCAAGGUGUCUCACAAAGUAAAAGUUCUUGUUGUCCAAGCUUCCCAACCCAAACUCCGUGUAUGAACUUGCAGUGGAAGGAGAGAAUGGACUCCCAAAUGUGGUUCCCUGACCUUCACACAUAGGCCAUACUGGCCAGGUGAUACAUGUACACACGUACAAAGGGCAGUAAAUACUUCUUUUUAAAUGAUACUUCCUUUUAACAAUGCCUUUUGUGCUUUUGAUUUUUGUUAUCAAACUUGAAAUUUCUUGUGCUUCAUUUUUUUUUUUCCUAACUGAGAAUUGAAUUGUUACAGUUAUACACAAAAGUCAAGUGCCUUAUCCCAACUGAAGGUUUCUGGGAUUGAAGCAAGAAAACUGAAUCUUCAGUAACUCAGUACGAAUGGCUACUUUAUGUCUAAUGGUUUGCAGCCCCAGUUAAUAAAGAAUACUUUGUGAGAAAUUGACACAGAUGUCAGGGAAGAGUAGUGAUGAGUUUUGUAACUUGUGGCACAGUUAAAAGUUUGCCAUUAGUGUUUGCCUUACAAAAUGGAGAUCCCAGACAAGGCUGACUCUUACAUAUUAAUAGAUGGCACAUGUGUGGUACUCAUGGAAUAGACUGUUAGCAUGCAUGUUACCAUGUUCUCAUGUCAUUUUCCUCAUUUGUUGUUUUGUCCUCUACACUCUGUUAAAACACAACAAAACAAAACCAAAAACGUGUAUUGUUAAUGCAGAAGUUCUGUGGGGGUUUUGCCUCUAGUUGUGGGGUCAGAAUAGCUGUGUUGACCAGAAAGUUGUCUAAGUAACUUGAAUGACAAGCUAACAUUUUCAGUGAUCUGAAUAUAAAAUAUUCAAAUUAGAGGUUUCUAUCUCUGCUUAAGAAAAAGCUAAUUAAAACUAUUUUUAUCUGACUUGCUGGUAGACUAUAUUUUGAUUUCUCAAAAGUGCCCCUUAAUUUAAAGAAUAUUUUAAAUAAGGAAAAAUAAUGUUUUCAGUUUCAGCUUACUUUGAUAUGUUCACACCUUUCUUUUGCUAAAGCUUACGUUGAUAUCUUCACACAUUUCUUUCAAGUAACUGAUCUUGCAUCCAUUUUUCCUUAGACAACUUUUAAAAUCACAAUGAUGCUAUAUACACCUUUUAAAUGCACUUUAAUACAUUGGAUAAUAUUUUAAUUUCAUUAUGGAAAAUAAUAUUGGAAAGUAGGCAUUUUUCACUGUUACCUUUUAGGCCUGUUCAUUUUCAUAAUUUAUUUUUCUACUUUUUGCUUUAUAUGAUAUUAUAUAACAUUUGAUUAUUUAAUACUAGGUGCAAUUUGAAUGAAUACAGACUGUCCUCCCUCCUCUAAAGUUGAGGUUAAGGGUAAAGAUUUAUUUUCAUAUUUAUAUAGUGACUAGCCUCAGAAUAUUGUUUUUUAACCUUUUGUUGUAUAUAUGUGUAAGAAAUUAUGUACAUAUUUGGCAAAUAAGCAUCUGAGAACUGAGUCACUGUUAUAUGAUUUAUAUGGUUUAUAUUUUUCAAAGUUUGAGCUGUUUAUAUAUUUUCAAACCAUUGAUAAUGGUAUGACAAAGUAUGAUUGAAUAGUCAUGCAAACAUCUGAGAAACUAUAAAAUAUGUGUCUUGUAAAUGCAAUAAAGUGUUCUUAUUUUGGCCCUGA